CCGAGGGCAUCAUGAUUUCUUCUGUCCUAUCCUCCUUGGCCGUGUCAUGGCUGGCCAGCCAGGCAUUUGCUAUUGAACUGACUGUGUCGAAAACUGGCGGAAAUUCGUCCAGCUCCCUACUCUAUGGGAUCAUGUUUGAGGACAUCAACAAUUCGGGUGACGGCGGCAUUCACGGCCAGGUGCUUCGCAACAACGGCUUCCAGGGUGACGACCCUGGCCUUACGGCGUAUAGCGCGGUAGGAGACGUGACCAUAUCACAAGAUACAUCCGAGCCGCUCAGCAGCGCCAUCACCUCUUCGCUCAAGGUGUCUGUUCCGUCUGGAACAACCGGAUAUGUUGGCUUCGCCAACGAGGGCUACGAUGGCGUUCCGGUUCUGGACACUACUUACGACAACUAUUUCUACAUGAAAGGUGAUUACUCUGGCAUCGUGAAUCUCCGGCUGGUGGGAAACUCGAGCGGAAUCGUCUAUGCAGACCACAACAUCACUGUGGCCAGCACCACCUCCAACUUUACUUACUAUGAGACCUCGUUUACGUCGUCCGUCUCCGCAGAUGCAAAUAAUGUGUGGCAGCUGCGAUUUGACGCUUCCAAGGUGGCUGGAAGCUCUCUGAACUUUGGCUUGGUGCAGCUGUUUCCUCCUACAUAUAACUCGCGGUUCAAUGGCCUUCGUGAUGAUGUCGCUAGCUUCCUGGCAGAGGUCAAGGCGUCUUUUCUCCGAUUCCCCGGAGGCAACAACCUUGAAGGCGCCAGUCCAAGUGAUCGCUGGAAGUGGAACGAGACUAUCGGCCCAGUCAUUGAUCGUCCUGGACGAGAAGGUGACUGGACUUAUCCGAACACAGACGCCCUUGGUCUGGACGAGUAUCUGCAGUGGUGCGAGGACAUGGACCUGGUUCCCGUUCUUGCUGUGUGGGCCGGUCUGAGCCUGGGUGGCGGCAUUGUCUCUGGAUCAGCCUUGGAUCCCUACGUUGAUGACAUUCUCAACGAACUCGAGUACGUCCUCGGCUCGACGGACACAACCUACGGCGCCCUACGUGCCAAAAACGGCCGCACUGAGCCUUGGAACGUCCAGCACAUCGAGGUAGGCAACGAAGACAACCUCAAUAGUGGCUGUGGAACCUACGCAGACCGGUUCACCCAGAUAUACGAUGCUGUUCAUGCUGCGUAUCCAAACAUUACCAUCGUGGCCUCAACUACCGACACUUCGUGCCUCCCAUCCACCAUCCCAGACGGCGUCAUCACCGACAUCCACCACUACCUAACCCCCGACGAGUUCGUCGACCUCUUCAACGAAUGGGAUAACUGGUCGCGCGACUGGCCCAUCCUGGUCGGUGAAUAUGCCAGCACCACCGGCAACGACGGAAGCACUACCUACUGGUCAUACAUGCAGGGAUCCUGCAGUGAAGCCGUCUACAUGAUCGGCAUGGAACGCAACAGCGACAUUGUCAAGAUGGCCAGCUUUGCCCCGUUGUUGGAGCACUUUGAUAUGGCCGAGUGGUCGCCCGAUCUUUUCGGUCUUGACUCUAGUCCCGACUCCAUCACCGGGUCUACCUCGUACUAUGUUCAGAAGAUGUUCUCCACUAACCGGGGAUCCACUGUGCUUCCUGUCAACGCAACUGGCGACUUUGACCCGCUCUUCUGGGUCGCCUCCGUGUCUGACGCUGGCACCUACUAUGUCAAGCUGGCGAACUACGGGUCUACCUCGCAGAACGUGACUGUCAAUAUCGAGGGUACGACAUCGGGUGAGCUUCAGCUGCUCUCUGGGGGUGAGGCUGUGAGUAACUAUCCGCAUGAUGUGUCGAUCACUACCACUACGUCCAGUGUGUCGGGUAGUGGGAGCUUUGCGGUCGAGCUACCAGCCUGGGGGGUGGCAGUUUUGGCUGUUUCUUGAGAAACCAUUUGGUCUAUCAGAUAAGAACGAGGUGUGUGGGUGAGUAAUGAUGUGAAGUUACGUAGUAUGGUCAUUUAUCCUGCC